GCGGCGGGGCCAUGGCGGCGGCUUGGCUCUGCACAGUUAGGACUAAAGCCUGCACAGCACUAGCUUUUGGGAGAUGUCUACAGAAGGAGCUCUGGACAAGGUCAUGGAGAAGGGAAGAUGCUCGCUUGCCCCGGAGUUUUGGUUCGUGGGAGCGUUUGCAGUCACAAACCCGUCAACUUCAUGGUGUCGAUAAUUAUCUCAGGAGACCACGAGAGCAGUCUGUGUGUCUGUCCCACUCGGCCUCGGCUGCUGCGGUCCAGCAGAAGGCUGUGGAUGGGAGGACAGAAGAGUUCAAACUGGUCUACAGGUUCCCAGGGAUAAAAUACUGCAGGGUCCUGUCGAGACUGAAGCUGUUGCAGACUGCCACCUCCAUGGUCAUGCUGCCUCCCAUCUGCUACCUCUACCUGCAGGGUCAGGUGUCUCAGAAUAUCCUCUUAUACACAACUGGCAUUGCCAUCUUUGCUGGGGCAAUGCUGUAUGGUAUGAGCUACUUUUUGAGAAGAAUUAUUGGAUUAAUCUACUUAAGUGAGACUGGACAAACCGUCAGAGUGGCCCACUUGACAUUUUGGGGAAGACGUAAUGAUAUUUACUGUCCAGUAGAGACAGUGGUGACUUUGGAUGAAGUUGGAGAUAGCAAGGACGAGCUACUUCACCAGUUCAAACGGUCUAACAGUGCAGAUACUUUGUAUUUUACAACUAAGUAUGGCCAGAUUGUAGACAAACAGAAGUUUACUCAAAUAUUUGGAAAACUUUCGUGACGCAGCAGCUCAUUUCCAAUGACUUUUCAUGUUGCAUGUUCAUUGUGCUUAUUGUUCCAUGAAGUUAUUUUACCAAACUACACACCUCUGUCCUUUUCCUCUGGAAAGCCUGCUGUAAGUGCACCCAGUGUAGGAAGUCACAGUGGUAAAGCACAGCCCACUGGAUUAAAGGAUUUGCAGCUUGUGUAUGGUGUGAGGAGUGUCUGUUCCAUGUCGGAUUCAGUAACAUCACAGCAUUCCAAGCCUGAACUGUCCUUGGACUGUGCUGUAGGAGACCAGAUUGCUGGGGCUGACCCUGGCUGUCAGUUUCAGUUGGCCUCUUUGGUUGUUAUGAAACAUGAAAAAGCUCUUGAAACAAAAUGCGGGUGCUGCCAGAGCAUCUUCACUUCAAACUCAGUGUUUCUUUUAGCUAAUUUCAGGUUGGCUGGGAAGCCUCUGGAAAUUAAAGCUGGUCUGGUACAUCCAUAUGAUGGGUACUGCUGAAUGUCAGAGAGGGACAUGCUCUUGUGUUCAUGCAGUUGAGGGAACUGGGAAGGUGUCCUGGCCUCAGAGGGUCCUCCAGGAUGGGAGUGGAACUGGGCAAAACAAAGGUGUGUGCUGCAGGAGACACUGCGUAGCUCAGCUGUUAAGUUAAAGGCUGGGAGAGUAUUUCAGGAGCUUCUUACAGAAAUUGCCAUUCUUCAUUGGAACGGGAAAAGCAGCACCUCUCUCCAUGAAGGAUUGUGGUCUUAUUCCAUGGUACUGGUCUGAUUUCUCCUUUUCCAAAACCUCAGCAGAAAUGAGGAAUUUAAACCCACAAAAGAACCAAACCUAUCACCUAUAACAUGUAACACAUUUUUUGAAUUGUCAGAAGCAAAGUAACUCCUUACACCCCUCUUCUAGUUCUAACUGCAUUUGAAACUGGUGAAUAAACUGACUCUCACCAA